CGGGAGAAUCAGCUGAUGGACCACGGCACGGGGAUCAGCUGAUACGAAGUGGCCGGGCGCAAGUGAAGACACAGUGUUACAGCGAACACUUGAUAACACUUGGUUGGCAGCGGGAUACGAAGAGAGAAAAGCAGCUAAAGGCUACAAAGGGAGGAAGAUCAAGGAGUAACGACCUGAGAAGCGAUACAAAGCCUCAGAAAAGUUAACCGCCCCGCAGGAAUGGCCACGUUCAUUGCUAAAGUUACUGAAAUUGGGCCUCGUAUUAUUCGCAUACUAGGAUGUAACCCCGGCCCCAUGACCCUGCAAGGCACCAACACUUAUCUCAUCGGCACAGGCAAGAAGCGUGUAUUACUUGAUGUGGGAGAGCCCCACAAUGCCGAGUAUAUUUCAUCUUUGGUCUCCGUCCUGAAGCACCACAAUACUACCAUUAACCAAAUAGUCAUCUCCCAUUGGCACCAUGACCACAUAGGAGGCCUGAAGGAGGUCCUCAGCUGUCUCCAUGAACCAGUGAAUGUAUUCAAGAUUCCAAGACUUGACAAAGAGGAUGACCCCUUGCCAGUGUGCUACAAUACUCUUAAUCACCAUGAUGAAAUUAAAACAGAAGGGGCCACUCUAAGAGUCCACCACACUCCCGGCCACACCACAGACCAUGCCGUGUUGGAGCUAACAGAGGAACAGGCAAUAUUUAGUGGAGAUUGUGUACUAGGGGAGGGCACUGCUGUAUUUGAGGAUCUUCAUUCCUAUAUGGCCUCCCUCCAGGUGCUGGUGGAUCUGAAUCCAAAGAUCAUAUACCCUGGACAUGGACCCAUAAUUGAGGACCCAGUGACAAAACUCCUGUUCUACAUUAACCACAGAAACCAAAGGGAGGAGCAGAUCUUGGAAGUGCUGUCUACUGAAACUCAGAAAUUUCUGACUGCUAUGGAACUGGUGAAGGCUAUAUAUAAGGAAACACCAGAACACUUGCAUCUGGCUGCAGCACAUAAUGUUGGCCACCACCUGUCUAAACUUUUAAAGGAAGGGAAAGUUGUCAGUCAGGGGGAGAAGUGGUGCCUAGCAGCCAAGCAUGAAAAGCUCUAAGGCCAAAAAAUUCAUACAAUGCAAUAAAUGUUAUAAAUUCCAAAUGAACUAUAUAAAUAUGAAUAAUGUACAGUCAGCCUACCUUAUCCACAGAUAUAUGGUUCAGGAACCCCCAUAGAUGAGCCAAAAACACAGAUGUUUAAGAUGCAUAUAUAAAAUUAUAUAAUUUUACCCUAUACCUGUUCAAAACUUGAAACUUCACAUCCAUGCACCACCAAUAACUGUUAAACUUCCCAUGUGGCAAGCUGCUCGUGUCAACCAAUGAAAAGGCUAAACUAAGGUCCACUCGCUGGAUUAGCCCUUGUGAUCAUGUUGUAUGCACAAUCAUCUUUCUGUACAUAAUUUGCUGCCCUUGAUUGCUAAAUUAGUGAUGACAUGGCUCCAGAAGGACAAAGGGGAAGUGAUGAAGUGAUGGUACUCCUUUCCAAGCUGUAGAUUGCCUAUGGAAGUUGGCCAGCAAAAUGGAAAUAAUUAAUCCAACAGCCAUGCAAUUCGUGAUAAAGAAAAUGUAAUGAGAGUUAGCUUCAUUGGUGGGCCAGUAACGGUGAAAUUAGUAUCUUUAGUUUAUGAUAAAGCAGUUUUGGAGACAAGAAAAGCUUUGAAUGUGGGGAUGGAGGACAUGAUCCACAAAUGUUCCUGUGGAUAGCUAUGUGUUCCAUGAGAAAGUGCUUAGCCUUCAUGAAGGCUUUUCAGAUCUUGAAAGGGCUGCAAAAAAUACUUUGAAGCUAGCAGGAGUUGAUUUCAUAGUUUGAUGAAAUGUUCUAAAAUUUUAGAUUUAAGAUUACUGGUGGCAUCAUCAUCAUCAUCAGCUGUCAGUAAAGCAGCACCAAUAUUCUCCAAUCAGCCAAAGGCAGUCAUUGGUGGAGAGUGCGUUCCAGGACAGUCUUUGUGACAAAACAGGCUUCUGAAAGAAGAUGCCAAACUAUACUUAUCAGCAUAAAAUCAACCAGCGAGCUGCACCUCCAAACAAUGAGCCUCCAAGAGCCUCUGUGUGGCCUGGAGGCUGAUGGCAGUCCAUGAAGAGGCUAAACUACAUACAGUUAGUGUCUACUGAUACCAUAGGGUUGACUGGAUUUUGGUACGCCAUGAUAAGGCAGCAUAUGUUGUUUCUUGUGAGUAUCUAGUGGACAAUGCUGUGCAUGGGAAUUUCUUUUUUCCCCGGUUGGUCAAAACUGCGGAUGCAAAACCCACAGAUAAGGCAGGCUGAUUGUACAGUAAACUUUUUAGUUUUAUGCAUCAGUUCAGCCAAGGGCCUUGCAGAUCAAUAAAAAAAUCUGGAUAAUGUCAAAGGAUUUUUUAUUUUUUUUUAUUCCAAGAUGCAGAUAAAAAAUUUCAUCACUGGUAGUUUUGCACAUCCAACUUUUUUUUUUUUUUUUAUUAUUAUUAAUUGUUGAUGAAAAAUGGUUUGCUUGUUGUGCACACAGCUCCCUCCUGCAGCUGUUAUCAUGCUUAGUUUUUGGUGGGGGGGGCAAUUUUUUGUUUUUCUUAUUUACCUAUUAUGGGGUUGAGGUUUAGCAUAGAGGUAGUUUGUUGGUGAACUGUUUUUUCACAGAUGUAAGUCGUGUUUAUUUUUCAUGUUGGGCUUUUUGGGGUUAUAGUUUGACAUGUUGUAAUCUGCAAGUAACUCAUGUUUUAUAUGCAAAUGCGAGUGUAACAAGGAGAGACAGGUAGUGAGCAUCAUCGAUUGGAGAACAAAGGUUGAAGAUAUUUUAAUGAUUUAAGAAUAACAGACUUGGGUAGGUCACGUCAUGCAUGGAAUUAAUAACAGAUGGACAACCAAAGUAAUAGAGUGGCAGGGCAGAGCACAGAGGACCAGGUGGAGAAGGAUGGAGCACACUAACAUCAGAGGUGGAACUAGUAAUGGUUAAAUAUGAUGACUUGUCUGAUAAUCAUUAAUUAUUAGAGUUCAGUGAGGCCUGUAGAGCUAGUUUUUCAAGACAAGUAGCUUCAAGUGGCUCAGGGAGAUUACUAAGUCACAAUAUCAGUAUGGAGGCAUGAUGUCACACAUGGAAGCAAGUGGACAGUGGUGGAACCCUAGACGUGAGUAGCAUCUUUAUCUCUUAAACAUUGACAAUUUCUAAACUACCAUUUUAGACUCAAUAUUGGAUAUUAAAUCAACUUAUGCUAUGUUAUGUUAUGUGCAUAUGCUGCUGAGAUGUCUCUUUCCCUUUCCCCUUAGUUUUCUGGUUUAUGUUUACUUGCCUUUGCUAAUCCUUCUAGUUUUUCAUUGUCCACAUCAAUGAGCCUCUUAAGUGCAAUCAUCAUCCCUCCUCUCAUUUUAUAUUAUCUGUUCCCCACAACCUGUACUUAUUAUCUACCACUUCAAUGGUAUCUUCAUUCAACUUAGUCUGGACAAGGCCAUGCUGAGGUUAAGUCUUCUGCAUUUGCAUACACCACUUUCAAUAUUUUUUUUGCUGUUGUCUGUCUCAACUUUAGGUACUUUUUGGGUAUGAGUAGAUGGUAAAAACAAAACAAAUCACUGCUUGAUUAGUUGAGAAUUAUUUAUAAACUACAGAACCUUACUUUAUCCUUACUGAUAGUAAACUCUUAGAAAAUGCAAGACCAUGAAUUUUUCUUUCAGUGUGGUGAGAAACUUAUUCGUUUACUCAUAUAUAAUUUCCUAUAAUGUACAUAGUUUUAUAUCUGUCCUUUCAUGAACAAGGUAAUAGUGUCUCUAUUUUCCUUUGAGCAGCAGAAUAUUUCUGUUCUCUUCUGCAAAGGAGAUGUUGUCUCAAUUUUAUUUGAGCAGUCUCAAUUUUAUUUGAGCAGCCAAAAGCACAACACUUCACCAUUCUUGCAAUCCACUCAGCAAACUCAGCCAGCAGUUUUUUGUUAGUGUUUAGUUACCUACAUAUCAUCUAUAUCUAAAAAAUCUUCCACUUUUUUUCUGCAACUGAGAUUGGCUUGUAGUGAGUAGAAGUGGGGAUGACACAGCAUCUUGCACAGCCUGUAAAAGUAGAAACUCUCUCUUCCUCUCAUCCACUGAUAGAUAGUAUGACUGUGUGGUGUGCAUAUUUUUUAUUACUAUUCAUUUGUGCCUUUUGCAAUUCAUAGAGAGCCUGUAGAUAAUGGGAAUAACAAACCAUAAAAAUAUUGGUUUGGUCUAUUCAUGGAUUGCCCUUAUUUGCAGGCAAGUCCAGUACAUAACCCCCAUCAUAGCAAGGGCCAAUUGUACAAUAUCAACUGGUCUGACUUUCCCAAACCCUAAUGAACUCCUUGGAGACUACUAUGAUGCUGUAUUUUGCUGUAUUGUUAACCCCUGUGGCCACCUUAAAUACCGAACAAAUGUUGCCAAAAUUGUGUUCAAAGGCCAAGACCUUCCUGAAGAAGUGUACAGGCAACUCUCGAUUUACACGAGUUUGGUUUACGUGUUUUUGAAAUAACACGGGCUGCAAAAUCCAAAUAAAUGUUUAAUUAA